AGUGGCUGGUGGACUGAGUUGUUAGGGUACCGAUGGCGGUGUGUGCCAGGCUGUGUGGGGUUGGCAAGUCGCGGGGCUGCAGACGUUGGCAGCAACAGGAGAAGGAUACAGGCACAGAUACUGAUCCAGAGCUUGAGGAGGAAGAAGAAGAACGUAUUGAAGGACGGAUGGAAUUAAAUUUAACAGCUACCCCGGAUUCAACAAAUGAGGCUGCAGUGCCCAGCGCUGGGCACAGCCCUCCGGGGUCGCCUUGUCGCUCCUUACUUGACCUGCCACCAGAGAUUCUAGUGGAGAUAUUUUCCUCCCUCCCUGGUACUGCGUUACCAAGCUUAGCCCAGGUAUGCAAGAAAUUCUGGCACAUUCUCAACACCGAUACGAUUUGGAAAAGGAGAUGCAAGGAAGAGUAUGGAGUGUGCGAUAAUAUGAGAAAAUUAGAGCUUAGCGGUGUGAAUUGCCAAGAUCUUUAUGUAAAACGUGUGGAGCCACGAUUGAAGUCACGCCGCUUUGUGAAAGUCCUUCCCGACUGCAAGCCUAUAGAAUACCAAAAUGUUUAUAAGAGACUUUUACAUCGGUACAGACACAUCCUUGGGUUAUGGCAGCCAGAUAUAGGACCUUAUGGUGGCCUGCUUAAUGUUGUGGUAGAUGACAUGUUUCUCAUUGGAUGGAUGUAUUUACCUCCUCAUGACCCCCAUGUAGAUGAUCAUAUGCGAUGCAAGCCCCUCUUUAGAAUUCACCUAAAGGAGAAGAAAUCUGCUACGGUGGAAUGCAUGUAUGGCCACAAGGGGCCACACAGUGGACAUAUCCAGAUUGUGAAAAAGGAUGAAUUCUCCACAAAGUGCAAUCAAACAGACUUUCAUCGAAUGCCAGGGGGUCGUCAGGAGGAAUUCCGGACAUGGCUGGAAGAGGAGUGGGGACGGACCCUGGAGGAUAUUUUCCAUGAACAUAUGCAGGAACUUAUUCUGAUGAAGUUCAUCUACACAAGCCAAUACGAUAACUGCUUGACAUAUCGUCGUAUCUACCUCCCUCCUUGUGGUCCAGAUGACCCAAUAAAGCCUGGUUUGUUUAAGGGAACCUAUGGCAGUCAUGGACUAGAGAUUGUCAUGCUCAGCUUUCAUGGGACAGUAGCGAAAGGCACCAAAAUUACAGGAGACCCAAAUGUUCCAGCAGGUCAGCUGACCAUUUGUGUGGAUCUCACUCGUCCUAUUUACCUGCCCAGCAUUGAACAGCAGAGGAAUUUUGAGGAACUGUCACGCAUUGUCCUAGAAAUUCAUGAGCGGGUGCAACGAGAACAGCAGAGUGGAAGAGGAGAACAGCCAUCAUCGAGAAGAACAGGAGACCUCCCAGUGAGACCUUCACAAGAAGAUAAUGCAGGAGAGAAAGUUAAAGUGGAAGCUGAAGAAAAAAUCGAUCAAGCUGCAGUUCAGGAUGGGCUUGUAGAUGCAGAAGGUGCACAGUCUGAGUCAUCUGGGCACCCUUUUGUGUUACCUGCAGGAGUUGUGGCAAGAAAUGAAGUGUACCCUAGAACGUGUCGAGUAUGUUUUUACGGAACUGGAUUGAUAGCAGGACAUGGCUACACCAGCCCCGAAAGAACUCCGGGUGUGUUCAUCCAGUUUGAUGAUGAUCGCUUUGGGUUCAUUUGGCUGGAACUGAAGUCCUUCAGUCUGUACAGCAGGAUCAAAGACACGCUGCAAAAUGCAGAGGCUCCUUCUCAAGAGGCCUUUGAUGAAAUGCUCAAAAGUAUGCAGUCAUGGACAACAUGAUAACUAGAAAAUACUGGAUGAACUAACAGAGACAAAGCAAAUAAUUACACUGUUGUAAUUUUUUUUAAUUCUGACCUCAGUACCUCUUGGUAAUAGGAAAGUAAAGCAUGCACUUUUAAAAUAUGGCCAUGCAAAGGAAUUGCACACUGCUUAUACAGAAUAUUUGAUUAAUUUUAAAGAAAUGCAAGAUUGUGCCAGGCAGAGCAUAGCUAUCAGAUGUUUAAUACUGAGGAAUCUGUGACCUUAAAGGACAUUUUUAUCUUUUAAAUGUUUUUAUUCAGAUGAUGGCCUACUUAAGGAUACAGUUUCAAGGAAGCUGUAACUAAAGCUGCAAGCGUAGGACUUAAUCUUAACUAAAGAACCAGUUGAGUUACACGUGGCAGUAAGAGUUACUUGAAACAUUUGACUGGUUAUUUAAAGGAUUUGUCCUAGUUUAUAAGUGAGAAGCAUACUUCUUUUUAGUAAUAAUUGUCUGAGGCCGCGAGUUACAUACAUAAUUAGAAUAGUUUGAGUCCUCUGCCCAUCUCCCAUGUGUGUAACUACCCCAUGCUUCUGUUUGCCCUCUUGAGAACUCACAUCCUUGUUUAGAGAAUUCCGAUAACAAGCAGCAUUUUGCAUAAUUUGAGAGUAGCAUCCAUCAUUAAAAUAAAAAUUCAGUAACAAUUUUUUUUUCCACUGCCUUUCUCUUGUGGCACCACUCUUUGGCCCAGCUGUCCCUACAAUUGCGUACAUCAUCUGGUAUGGAGGAAGACAGUACGUCAAACUUCACACUACUAAAUAUUACCUUAUGCUAGGCCGUAUUAGUAAUUGGUUAACUAUUGAAACAUAUUCUGAUGUUAUCCAUGUUCAGAGAAAUGCUGUGGAACAAAGUAAUUCUAGUGUUAAGUGUAUACUGAAGCAAUUGAUCAAGUAGAUUCUUCCCAAGUAAUCAGACUGACAUUACACAAUACUACUCAUUUUCUUAUCAGUUAUUUCCUUUUUUUACCUUUCACACUUGAACUCCAAAAAUGUUUUCUUGUUCAGUCCCUAGACAGAUUUACUGUCUUGUCUGGUUUAACUAAAGGCUGUCUAACUGCUUCUGAAUGAGUUUAAAGCAGUGUAUUUUACUUUUAUUGUUUAGGAAACAAGGACAGCUUCUUUGUCAAUACCUUUCAUUUGCUGCUGAUGCCACAGGAUGUCUUGUUCAAUAAAAUAGCCAUGGACAUUGUGUUCUGUGGGCUGUUCAUAUUUUUCCCAUCAUGCUGUGUGUCAGCCACUAGUGCUGUAAGAAAGGCCUUGACCAUGUUCUUCAGUGAGCAGAAAGCAACCAACAGAGCUAUUCCCUUUUUCAAAUGAGGGUAUUGGAUUCAGACACUUAGAUACAUGAAACUAGCUGCAAGUCUUAGGUAACAUUUUCACAGUGAUAAAGGCAGUUUCUUGCAACCAUGAUCAGAAAUUACUUUUUUAUGCUUUAAUAUUUUCUUCAAGGAUUACACUGUCUUAACUUCGGUUACUGCAUUUUUCCCCAUAAAUAAUUUUUGGGUCUGUCAGGCUUUCCAUGCUGAUUUGUUUUCUCUGGCUUCAGUGUGCAGAAAAGCCACUAAGUUCUGAACUAAUGGUUACAGCUCUGCCAUUAUAAGCUUUGAAAUUACAUGGAAUACACCAUUUUGUUCAAGUCA